UUCACUCAGCACAUCUGCCUCUGUUCAGUCAGGACUGGCUCCCUACCGGUGACACUGAAGCCCGCAACACCUCUGAACGAAGCGGGACAUCAUACCUCUUAAUGAGCCAAAUUAUUUCCUCUGGACGGAGCUACAUCAGAAGAUCUGAGUUUUACAGAUGAGAGGGAUCGAGAUGCUCUGCCUACGCGACUCAGGCGACUGCUUACGGGAGCAGAUGCAGUAUAUGAUGAGGUCACUGCAAGAUCUGAAACAGCUACGGAAAACCUGCCCCUCAGACAGACGACCCCUAGCUCCCAUCAGCACCCAGCUGCCAGCUUUAGCGCGCCACUCUGCGGUCGCACGGGCAUGUCAGCAGCGAGCACUGCAACGAGAACAGCGCACACGCCUGCGGAUGUCCGAUGCCAGCUCGGCCAGCACGGCAAGCACCUACGACUCUGCCUGCUGCCUGGCGAGUCCUCUAGAGGUGGAGGAGGACGACGACGACGAUUCGAGCAGCCGACUGGGCCUGAGCCUCAGACAGGGCCUGGGCUCUCCCAGCAGCCAGAAAAGUUUGGAGUUUGAUUCAGGCUACUCUGAGGCAUCAUGGCAGGAUGAAAGGGUGGUUCUCAGGAGGACGAGGAAUGUGCGGGUGUCAUCUUCAGCCUGCCUCCGUACAAACCGAGCCCCAAGUGGACGUAUUCGACCCAAAUCCACCUCUGACGCCUGUCUGGAGAGGUGGACAUCCUUUGAGGUCAGCGACCCAGAGGACUGGACAAACUCUUUACUGACAAGAGGACGUAACCGCCAGCCUCUGGUCCUUGGCGACAACAGCUUUGCAGACCUCAUACAGAACUGGAUGGACUUGCCAGAUUUUCCUGAGCCCACUGAGCUGAAGCCAAAUCCAAGACGUAGACUGGGAAGAGGUUUCUUUGUCAACAUGAGGAAGAAACUGACUGGGUUUUCUAAAAGCGUAGAGGACAAAGUGAGGAUGAGAACCACAGAUUCUGCUCACGUUAACAGAGCUGCGAAUGCUCCAAAACGUCUCUCCUGUCCAGUUGUGGCCUCGCAGCCCAAAGUCCCUUUUUUACACCAGUCACACUCAGCCAUUAAUGAGCUGGACACUGAUUUUCACCACUUUGCAGCCCUCAUGAAAUCAGGCAGCCGACAGCCCAUAAUUUGCAAAGAUAUCAUUGGCUACGUCUGACUUUUCAUGUGAAGCCGUGAACAGACUGGACAAUCCUCAGAGUCACUUUAUUUUUACAUGUUUUUUUCCCCACUUUUUAUAUGCUGUGACUAACAGAAAUAAAGAUGUUCUCAUAAUUGAAACGCUACAUACUCUUAUUGAUAUCAUUCAUGUCUUGCAUGUGACACAGGACAUGUGGCUGCUUCAUAUAAUUUUGAAUUCCCAGAAGACAAACAUUAUCUGAAUAAAUUUUUUAUUUGAAUGAA